GGCGAGUCGCCGCGCAGCUGGACAUUUCGGUUCCGGCUGUUGUGUAGCCACGGCCCUGGGCUUCAAAAGCUUUUCUUAAACCGAGGUCUCUAGCCUGGCUGGUCCGGAGUGGCGGGCGGAGAACAAUACUCGGCUCCGUUAAGGGUUGUUAAGACUGUGGACAGUUGUACUCCGUGUCCACUGGAGAGCAGAGGCAGGAUGUCCCAGUCUGUGACGUCUGCGGUGAGGUUCUCCACGUAUGACAAUAUCACCCACUCUGUUGCCGAUGCCCUGGUUAUGGCCUCAGAUAAUGUGACGGCUCUGCCCCAAACAACAACAGGGGCAAUCAACGACACCAACAUCACUGUGCCACACAAGUGCCUGCUCUUGCUAUAUGAAGACAUCGGGAAGUCCAGAGUCCGCUAUUGGGACCUUAUGCUUCUGGUUCCCAAUGUGCUUUUCUUUGUCUUUCUUCUCUGGAAACUGCCUUCUGCCAGGGCCAAGAUCCAUGUCACCUCUGGUCCCAUCUUUACUACCUUCUACAUACUAGUGUUUGUGGUGGCUUUAGUUGGGAUUGCUCGUGCAGUUGUCUCCAUGACAGUCAGUGCCUCUGAUGCUGCCACAGUUGCUGAUAAGAUCCUGUGGGAGAUCACGAGGUUCUUCCUCCUGGCCAUUGAGCUGAGUGUGGUGAUCCUAGGCCUUGCCUUCGGUCAUCUUGAAAGCAAUUCCAGUGUCAAGCGUAUACUGGUGAUCACUACAGUGUUGUCACUGGCUUACUCUGUUACCCAGGGGACACUGGAGAUCCUCUACCCUGAUGCUCACCUCUCAGCAGAAGACUUCAACAUCUAUGGCCAUGGAGGAAGGCACUUCUGGCUUGCCAGCUCCUGUUUCUUCUUUCUGGUCUAUUCCUUGGUGGUGAUUCUUCCAAAAACUCCCCUGAAAGACCGGAUUUCUCUACCAUCUAGGAAGAGUUUUUAUGUCUAUGCUGGAAUUCUCGCUCUGCUGAAUCUGGUGCAGGGCUUGGGCAGUGCCCUUCUCUGUGUGGAUAUCAUAGAAGGAUUGUGCUGUGUCGACGUCACCACGUUCCUCUACUUCAGCUUCUUUGCACCUCUCAUUUAUGUGGCAUUCCUGAAAGGCUUCUUUGGGUCUGAGCCGAAGAUCCUUUUCUCCUACAAAUGCCAAGUGGACGAGCCUGAGGAUGUAGAUGUGCACCUCCCCAAUGCCUAUGCUGUGGCCAAGAAAGAGGGCGUGGAUUCCAGCUUCUACUCCAGCACCCAAAUCGACACCGCAGCCUACCUGGAUGACGUCGCCUCAAUGCCCUACCACGUGGGAAGUGUCAACAGCAUUGACAGUGACCGCUGGAAAGCCAUCAAUGCCUAAAUCAACCCAGACCCCCAGCACGAUGCCACCCUCCCAUAUCACACAGCUGCUAGGAUGUGCAUCACAGAUGGUCCUCAGUCACUUGGUGUGGCUUUUCCCUCUUUCCCUGGGCUUUAAAAAAAACCCAUUGUGGAACAAAAUAGCUCCAGCCCUCCCAGAAGGACCUUUUGAAUCUUCAUGUGAUAACAGCCUAGACCAGCUUUGUUCAUAAAUAUCUAAAUGCUGAACCUUCCUGAUCCUUGGUGUUCCAGAUGUAGCUGUGACCCAAAAGAUGGGCCUGGCUGCCACCCGUUCCUUUUCAGUGACUGAAAACACUUGUGUAACUGGGAGGGGAGUGGGAUUUUGGGGUGGGCGAGUUGAGAUUGGCUUCUCCAUGGCGUAUAUGUGCGAAGCAUUCAGCACAUGGAGCCAAAGGCACUUUCAUGGGCUGUCUCAACAGGUCCCCUUUCCCAAGUCAUAUUGCAUUGUAUUGUAGGAAGAGCGCUGUCUGGAGAGAGGAAGCCUGGGAGAGCAGGGCUGCUCCUCAAUUCCAGCAGAUACAGAUGGAAAUCAUGAACUGUAGUAAAAUGGAAAUUACAAGGAGUGUUUUGGGCGUGUAUGGGAGAAGGCUCACUGAUAAACGAACUGUUAAAUGUGUCCUGUGACCAUUACAGGGGCACUGUCUGGGAUCUGGCAGAUCAGCUAUAUCCUGGGUCAAGGAAAGAGACUUUUAAAGAGCCAGCAUUGCUGUCUGUUGGAGAGACAGUGGCUAUGGAAGGGUCUCUGAAGACCAUGCUUAUGCGCAACUGAACUCAUACUGUGAACUUGCGGUGACAAGUGGCUAUGUAUUUUACACUGAAUUAGGGUUGAGUUUUAAGAAUAAAAUUGGCCAAGUGUGA